AUCUACGCAACACAAGGUAGGAUCAAUCAAUCAAGUCCAUCAUGCUGCCAAGUUCUCUCCUCCAGAGGCUGGCAAGUUGGUGCCCGUGGUUGCUGAGAGAUGAGCCGAAGCAGCCUGUUAAGGUUCUCGUCACCGGCGCUGCGGGGCAGAUUGGGUACGCCAUAGUCGCCAUGAUCGCGAGGGGUCUGAUGCUUGGGCCAGACCAGCCGGUGGUUCUCCACAUGCUAGACCUCCCUAAGUCGACGGACGCCCUGAGCGGCGUCAGGAUGGAGCUGAUCGAUGCCGCGUUGCCUCUUCUCAGAGGUGUCGUGGCAACGAGCGACGAGGCCGAAGCGUUCCGAGGCGUCAGCUUCGCCGUCCUGAUCGGCGGAUGGCCGAGGAAAGAGGGGAUGCAGAGGAAAGACCUCAUCGCCAAUAACGUCCCCAUAUACCAGUCCCAGGCCUUUGCGCUGCAGCAGCACGCUGCCCCAAACUGCAAGGUUCUUGUCGUGGCAAACCCUGCGAACACGAACGCGCUCGUGCUGAAGGAGUUGGCGCCCGCGGUGCCCGCCAAGAACAUCACCUGCCUCACGCGUCUCGACCACAACCGCGCCCUGGGCCAGAUCUCCGAGAAGCUGGGCGUGCACGUCGGCGACGUCAGGAACGCCAUAGUGUGGGGGAACCACUCCUCUACGCAGUUCCCCGACGCCAGCCACGCUAUCGCCAGGACGCAGCACGGGGAGAAGCCCGUCAGGGAGCUCAUCGCCGACGAGAAAUGGUUUAAGGAGGAGUUUGUCACCGUCGUACAGCAGCGCGGCGAGGCGGUGAUCAAGGCGCGCAAGCAGUCCAGUUCGCUGUCCGCCGCCAGCGCAGCCUGUAAUCACAUGAGAGACUGGAUCCUUGGCACCCCGAAGGGCACGUGGGUGUCUAUGGGUGUGUGCUCUGACGGGAGCUAUGGCGUUCCCAAGGGCAUCUUCUACUCAUUUCCGGUGACAUGCGAGAAGGGAGAGUGGUCUAUCGUGCAGGGUGAGUUCUUAUCAUUAUACCAGAUUGGUAGCAACAGCAGCACCACCGUUCUUGACAUGAUCUGUUUAUUGUUCGAGGUCUUGAGGUUGAUGACUUCGCACGAUCCAAGAUGGAGCUUUCGGCGAAUGAACUCGAUGAAGAGAGGUCCAUGGCGUAUUAGUUCGUCGCCAGCUCUGAAAGCCAUCAGUAGAUCACUUGUGUAUACAUGAGUCAUAUGUAAACGAAAAAAAAAUGGGUGAGCAACAGACAGUUGCUUCACAACAACCAAUAAAGCAGAAAUAUUGCUUGA